UUUCUUAUAGGUUGAGGAAGAUAAUUUUGCUAACUGGUCACAUCAAGCUGUAGACUUCAUACUAGGUAUUGAGCGCUUGCAAAAUUAUUCCUGAAUUUUCUUUAAGUUGCAUUCACCUUUGCUUCUCAAUUACAUUAUACAAAAAUGCCACGUUCAAUUUUGGGUCUUGUGGCCCCAUUAACUGAUUUUCUCCGCGUUCUAUAUCAGCAAUGCUUCUGCUUACUCCUUUCAUAGCAUGUGUAACUGUACCUUUCCUUCUCUUUUCCCCUUAAGUUGUGUUGCUGGUUCAUUGGUAAGUUGAGGAAGUCUAGAGGAACACGUAAACACUGAGUCGUGAGGUCAAAUAAUGUAUCAAAAGUAAAAGAGAGAUUUAUUAUCUUCCCUGUACGUAUAUCUAUUAGAGUCUGCACAUGGUGGUCUAUGAAUUGGCAGUCUGCUGCAUGCUGCAAUAGUGAAUGUUAUUUACUGCCCGUGUCAUUAUUACAAGUUGAGAGAUGUGCGCAAGUAAGUUUCCAGCGGCCUGAAUUUGAAGGUGUAAAGGAUUUUGUGCUAUAAAAAGUUCGGGAGUUAAUCAUGGUUCUAUGCGAGGUGGUUAUAUGUGUGGUUCUAUCUAUUUGGCCCUAAAAUUGUGGGAAGUACUUUCAGGAGGUUUGAGGUCAAAUUCAAUGAUUUGAUUGAUGUAAGUUUGUCCAGGUUUCUUGCUGAUGGAAAUUUUUUAAGAUGAUUGACCAUGAAAUUUGGCAUUCCUGGCAGAUGCCUUUUUUGGCCCUCUUGCUUAUUUUCUAACAAUUUUCUCUCCUAAAGCUUCAUUGAAGAAUCUAUUAUCAGUGAAAGAGAACAUGGAAAGCAUCGAAGGUGUUGUGAACAGUUUGAUAUUGCGUUUGGUUAGAAGAAUGACGUCUCUUUCAGGAGGAGAUGGUGGUGAGUCUUUCUGAUUCCAAUCCAUCUCUUAUUUAAUUUUAGGAUACCCUAAACUGUUUGACACUAUUUUAGGAUGGAUGAGUGCACAGUUAUAUAUACUGCAAAUGUUUGCUUUCCUCAGUUACAGUCCGUUAUUGGGGUUUCCAUUUUGUUGUCGAUGACUCUAAUAUUUAUUCAUCUGCUGCAUCAUUUUGUUUUAGGGCGGGAUGACAUUGGCAAUGAUGUGCAGUUCUAUGUCCAGCAUUUGAUUAGGAAACUAGGAAAGGCUGUCUACCUUGGACAAAGAGCACUAGUUGCAGUUUCUCAAAAGAUUCCUGUCAUAGCAGAAAGUGUACUCUUUUCAGAUCCUUUUGAUGACAAAUUUCCAGACCUGCAUCAGUAUAUGUUCAUCUUAAUUCAACUUCUUGAAUUCUUGGUAUCCGAUUACUUGCUAACAUGGUCAAGGGAUGAAAAUUUUGACCAGUUGUUGUUUGAAGAGUGGUUGACUUCAAUUAUCCACGCCCGGAAAGCCCUGGGAGUUUUGGAAAGCAGCAAUGGUCUCUACAUGCUCUACAUGGAUCGGGUGGUCGGAGAAUUGGCUAGACAAUUGGGUCAGAUUUCAUCUGACCACAAGCUGAAUCCAGAUGUUCUCACCAAUCUAUUCCUCUGACUGCAUCUUGCAUCAUACUGUUGUCACUGUCAACGCGUGUGCUUUGCUCAGAUACCUCUACUUUGUUCUAUGGCGCUUCCAUCGACCAGGGUAAGCAUCAAGCAGUCAGUCACUCAUCUAUUGUGAACAAGCACAGUUCAU